AUGUCCGAAUGCGAGCCUCGGAUCAAAUUCGACCCACGUGGUGAUCUCACACUCAGGGUCGGUCCACCAGAUGAGCUGACAUCAAACUUGUUCCUUGUCUGUUCACGCACAUUAGCACGGACCUCGCCAGUUUUCGAUCGAAUGCUAUACGGCUCUUUUGCGGAAGCGAAGCCGGUCGAUGACAAAGACUGGGUAGUCGAUCUGCCAAACGAUGACCCAGCUUCACUUACCACUUUUAUCCGCAUGACCCAUGGCUCCUUUACCGAGGUGCCCAAGACGAUGACUAUUGACCGACUGUAUGCACUCACUACGCUCACACAUUACUAUGACGCCACGCAGGUUCUCAUACCAUGGAUCGACCCUUGGCUGGCCUCAGUUGAAGACGAGACACGAGAUUCGAAUGUUCCUCCGUUAAAAUUGUUAUGGAUUGCAUGGGAGUUUGGUCGAAAAGCGCUGUUUAAAGCCACUGCACGUCGAAUACUCUUUGAAUGUCCCGCUUCUCUCCUGGAACCCUAUCUGCCCCCGGAAGGGUUGCAGAUGCCGCCUGAUGUGAUAGAGAAAAUAACCGAAAUCAGACACCAAACCAUUGAGGCCUUUUUGAGGGUAUUCCGAGACAUGGUCGCAAUGCUACUUGUGGUGGAUGAGAGCCCACGAUGGUGCCGACAUGCCUCAUAUAUGGGCCAUCAUAGGUGCGAGUCGAUGAUACUUGGUUCCAUGACGUUUUGUCUUGCUAGAGCUAGUCUCUGGCCCCUCCCUGAGGCAGAUGAAGUGGAAGAAAGUGUGGUAGAACUAUAUACGAAGUUGACGAACUUGGUAAUACACGACAUAGGGAGGCAGAGUCCGAAGGGUGCGGAGGACCAUAGCGAAUGUAAUCCGGUGCGCCACCUGAUGGAGGAAAUGAAGAAAAUUCUCAACGAGGUUCCAGAUCCGAUAACAGACAUGCAUUGGAAACAGAUGGAUCUUCAAUAUAAAAGGUUAAACCCCUCAGAUAAUAGCUCAUGUUCUUGA